GCUUAACCCUCUCCGACACACCCACGAAAAUUUACAAAUUCUAAAAGGGAAACAAACAAAGUUACGCGCGUACAGAUCACCCGAUGGCGAGCGGUGACGUGGAGGCUGUGGAUUUUGAACCGGAGGAUGAUGACCUCAUGGACGAGGACGCCGCCGGCGAUGCCUCCCCUCAAGCUCCCUUGCCUAAGCUCAAGUCCGCCAUCACUGGCGCCGCUUCCACCUCUCUUUCUGCUCAUAAGAAGACCAAGGGUCGUGGCUUCCGUGAGGGCGAUGCUGACCGCCACUCCCGUCUCGCCUCCCGCGACUUCGAGUCCCUCGGCACUGACGGCGGCCCCGGUCCCCAGAGAUCUAUCGAAGGAUGGAUUAUUUUGGUCAGUGGUGUACAUGAGGAAGCACAAGAGGAUGAUUUGCACAAUGCAUUUGGUGAAUUUGGUGAGAUCAAGAAUUUGCAUUUAAAUCUUGAUCGUCGCACUGGAUUUGUCAAGGGAUAUGCAUUGAUUGAGUAUGAAAAGUUUGAAGAAGCGAAGAAUGCCAUAUCCACGAUGGAUGGAAUAGAACUUCUUACGCAGACUAUCAAUGUUGAUUGGGCCUUUAGCAAUGGGCCCAGUACUGGAGCCUUCAAAAGAAAAAAUUUGAGAUCUGGGCGAUCACAUCGCUCGAGGAGUCCCAGGAGAAGAUACUAACUUGUUUAGCUCUAUAUUGAGGGCGGAUUAUAACAAGAGAAGAUGGUGUUGAAACUUAAUUUACUGAAAACCCGGAUUUGUAUUUGUUUUCGGCUGAUGAGUGAUGUCUUAUUCCUCUUAUGGUGGCUCAAGUCUGAGCGGUGAUUGUGCAUGGUUUAACGGUGCGGCUUUUUGGCGUUUGAUGUUUGACAAUUUGAAGUAAUGCUUCUUGCUAAUUGUAAUUUUUUUUAUUGUUUCUAUGAUAUAGUGAGACAUCUUUUUGUUGGUAA